AUGAGGGAGGGUGACCAAGCAUUAUCUGCUACCAACAGUGAGAAACUUGAAUGCAGUGAUCAUGAAAACAAUAUCUCCUUCGAGUGUGUACAAGAAGGAAUUGUGGAACAAACUGAGGAGCACCCUUCGUGCAAGGUACCCAGGAAAACUUUUAAAAAAUCCUUUAAGGACAAAAAUAAUACACAUAUUUUGAAAGAAGCUGAAGAGAAACUCGAAAGAUGUAAUGACUGUGGAAUUUUGUGUAAAAGUGACCAUGUUCAUGUCCACACUGUGUUAAUUGCAAAGAGACAUCACAAAUGUGAUGUUUGUGGUAAAAUGUUUACUCAGUUAAGCAAUCUUAAGAAACACAGAUUAAUACACACUGGAGAGAGACCCCACGAAUGCGAUGUUUGUGGGAAAUCGUUUACUGAAAGGGGCAAUCUGACGAAACACGAAUUCAUACAUACUGGACAGAGACCACACAAAUGCGGUAUCUGUGGAAAAUCAUUUACUCACUCGGGCCAUCUCAAGGCCCACUGUUUAAUACACACAGGAAAGAGACCACACAAAUGCGAUGUGUGUGCAAAAUCGUUUACUGAAAGGUGCACUCUCAAGACACAUGGAAAGAGACCCCACGAAUGCAAUGUUUGUGGGAAAUCAUUUACUGAAAGGGGCAAUCUGAAGAAACAUGAAUUAAUACACACUGGACAGAGGCCACACAAAUGCGAUGUCUGUGGAAAAUCAUUUACUCUCUCGGCAAAUCUCAAGAGACAUGAAUUAAUACACACUGGACAGAGACCACACAAAUGCGGUAUCUGUGGAAAAUCAUUUACUCACUCGGGCCAUCUCAAGAAACACGAAUUAAUACACACUGGACAGAGACCACACAAAUGCGAUGUCUGUGGAAAAUCAUUUACUCGGUUAUGA